AUGUCCCUGUGCUACUGGGUGGAGAGUGGAUGGCAGGGCCAGGAGGGGAAGCAGGUGACUGUUGAUUUGCUCACAAGUACCCACAAGGACUGCCCCAUGCCCCAGGGCACGGCCCCCCUGAACCCAGACUUGCCCUCCAGCCGCCCACCCAUCGUGGCUCCAGACCAUGUCACUGGCAAGGACAAACAGAUGGAUUUCUGUUGGGAUCCUUGGCAGAGGUGCUUCCAGACCACCAACGGCUACCUGUCCGACUCCAGAUCCUGCUCCAGCAACUACAACGUGGCAGCCCUGGCCACCUCGUCCCUUGUGGGAGUGGUACAGAGCAUCAAGGACCACAUCACAAAGCCCACGGCCAUGGCGCGUGGCCGCGUGGCCCAUCUCAUCGAGUGGAAGGGCUGGAGUGCCCAGCGCUCAGGCUGGGAGCCGCCCGCAGCCGCGGACGAGCAUUACCGCUGCCUCCCCGAUGAGCUGCGUGAGGCCCGCUUUGCCGCAGGGGUUGCCGAGCAGUUUGCCAUCACGGAGGCCACGCUGAGUGCCUGGUCCUCGCUGGACGACGAGGAGCUGCACCCAGAGAACGGCCCCCAGGACAUCAUCCAGCUACAGGACCUGGAGAGCAUCUACCUUCAGGACAGUCUUCUGAGUGUCCCCUCGCAGGAUGACAGUCUUCUGGCCUUCUCCUCCCCCGAUGGAUGGCCCUCACCUGACAAGCCCCCCACCACAGCCUCUGGCCCGCAGCCCCCCAGCCCCGAACAGCAGCACUGGCAGCGGCUACUGGGGGCCCCGGGGCCCGAGGGUGGGGCCCGCCUGCAGGGCUCCCUCCCGUCGGUGGACAGUGGCUCCCUCUCGGAGGAGGAGGACGAGGUGUUCUAUAACUGA